AUGGCGCAUUCAAGUGAAAAAGGAAAGAAUGGCGACUCGGCGGAGAGCCUGCUCAAGGAUCUCGAAGGAAGCAAGACACUCCCUCUCUGGACCCAAAUGACCCGCCUCAACCCUCCAAGUCCCAACCCUGUGGCUGUUCCAUUUCUAUGGAAAUAUCAGGCCAUCAGACCAAACCUCCUACGCGCAGGGAACCUGAUCACCGAAAAGCAGGCGGAACGACGGGUGCUCAUGCUGGUCAACCCAACCAGAGAUGCCCCAUAUACGACAGACACAUUGUAUGCAGGACUGCAACUGGUCAUGCCGAACGAGGUAGCUCCAGCGCACCGACACACGGCGUUUGCAAUGCGCUUUAUUAUAGAAGGCACGGGUGGGUUCACUGCAGUGCAUGGCCGGCGCAUUCAGAUGCAACAGGGCGAUGUGAUCCUGACCCCCACCUGGAACUACCAUGACCAUGGCAAGGACGGCUCUGGGCCCAUGAUUUGGUUGGAUGGAUUAGAUCUUCCGAACUUCCGCCACUUCCCGGUCCACUUUGUCGAGCAUUUCAGUGAGUCACGCUACCCUGCGGAGGAUGUAGAUAGCAGUAUGUCACCGAUAGUCUUCCCCUGGAAGGUGAUGAAAGCAACAUUAGAUGCUGUACCGGGCGAUUGGGUUUCAAAGCGGUACCUACGGUCAGGGGAGCGAGAAGGCGGCUGUGCGGAGAGGCUGAAUGCAGGUUGUUCUUCUCCUCUGCGGCGCGAGACGACAUCUGCAGUUUACCAUGUUGUUGCUGGCAGUGGCUACUCUAUCAUCGGGGAAGAGAAGUUUGAAUGGCAGAAGGGGGACACUUUUUGUGUGCCCUCGUGGUAUAGAUACCAGCACUUUGCUGAAACGGACGAGACUACCUACCUGUACCGCUUUGAUGAUAAGCCCAUGAUUGAAGCGCUGGGAUUCUAUCGCUCGAAGGGCAUGAAUGUGGAAAGCCUUGUAACUGAAUGA